AUGGCCGUGACUCCUGCACACGCCUCGGCUGGCUGGUCACCAUCUGAUCCCACCCGUAUGGCCGUUCGCUCAGCAGGGCCAUCUCGUGGGGGGAGCGUGCCUCGGAAGAAGAUACGGGUGAGCUCUGCUCGAGAUCCUGGUAGGCUGCUGGCGCGGGAGGAACGGGCCGACAGGUUCCUGGUUGAGGGUAAGACACGCUGUUCGAGAGGGGCAAGAAGAUCUGAUGCGGUUGCUGUGAUGGGCAGGUUUGGGGAGAGUCUCACGCUGGACAGGUCACAGCUGGGCCGGGUGGAGGUCGAUGACGCCUUAAAAUGA